AUGGCGACGAACGGCACCAAAACGGAUGGACAAGUCACAGAACUGAACGAGGUGGCCACUAACAAUGACAAACCCAAGUCACUGGACGUGAAGCCCGAAAAGCAGAAAAAGGAUUUGCCUGAUAGAGAAACAUGGGGGGGAAGAUUUGAUUUCCUCCUGUCGUGUGUGGGUUAUGCAAUUGGACUGGGAAACGUGUGGAGAUUUCCCUAUCUGUGUGGAAAAAACGGAGGAGGUAAACAAUAUUUUUUUUUUCCACUGCUAAUUUAAGCACACUGCACGGCCCAUUCAGCUCCAUGAUGCACGCACAUAAUCGAGCAUGCCUAAUUGACCGUGUUGAUAACAUGAAAAGAAUUAAUAUCACCUACAUUUGCAACUCUAAUUAAUUCAUGUUGUGCUGUGCUGCCUUUGAUAGUGCGUCAGCCUCAGAUUGCUGUUUUUUAACGAAUACUUUACUUUUGUCCAUGCAGGAGCCUUCUUGAUUCCAUAUUUUUUGACUCUCAUAUUUGCUGGGGUUCCCUUGUUUCUACUGGAAUGCUCUCUUGGUCAAUACACCUCCAUUGGAGGGCUUGGUGUGUGGAAAUUGGCUCCUAUGUUCAAAGGUAUAACUCAUCUUCUAUCUCUAGAGACUGUCUCAAGUAUUUAUGAAGCUGACUUAUCCAAUGACAUACUGCCUAAUUCAUCUUUGUAUGAUAGGUGUGGGCCUUGCAGCAGCUGUCCUGUCAUUUUGGCUUAACAUUUACUACAUUGUAAUCAUUGCUUGGGCCAUUUACUACUUGUACAACUCUUUCACCACUGUAAGUAUCACACACUGUGACUCACAAACAGCCUCAGACGGUCAAGAUUGUUGUUGAAACUUAAAAUCCUUUCAACGUGUAAAGAAGAAUUUAAAAAAACAAAUGUUUUGCAGGAUCUUCCAUGGAGCUCUUGUAACAAUCCAUGGAACACAGAGAAAUGUUACACAAACCACUCCAUUUUGGACACCACCAAUCUCACCAGUGCAGUGGUAGAGUUUUGGGAGUAAGAUAUUGACUGCUUUUCUUUUUUGCUUUCCACAACAGCAGAGCUUUUAAGUAUCCUGCAUGCAUCCCAGAGAUACAUAAAAGACAGCCUCCUCUUCUCCUGCUGCACGCUUAUUUCCCUGUGUGGAUAAUAGUCUUGUUGUUGCUCGCUCUGAUUUAUAGGCGCAACAUGCAUGAAAUGACCGAUGGCUUGGAAAAACCAGGCCAGAUUCGGGUGCCACUGGCUAUAACACUGGCCAUCGCCUGGGUCCUUGUGUACUUCUGUAUCUGGAAAGGGGUUGGCUGGACAGGAAAGGUAAGACCUUUGCCAGAUUUGGGUAUCCAAGUCCUUUAAUGCAACACCAGUUCCCAAUGAGGAAUCAAAGUGACAACUAUGCAAUAUUAAUCAGAGUAAUAUCACCUCAUCAAUCAUUCAGGUUGCAGUCAGCAUUGUCCAGAUUGAUUUGAAAAUAAGAGAAAAGACAUCAAACAGCUAUGCUCACUAAUCCUAGUCUCCCUCUCGGUGGCUCCUCUAAUUCCAAGCCUCCUGACACAGAGUCUAUACUGAGUGUGGCUUCAUGAUAGGAGGAGCAACAAACAGCCAUACGCUUCAAUCUGGUUUUGUCCUCCUCCCUCGACUUGGAGCAGCUUCCCUCCCCUGGGGUGCCACAUUUCAAAAGUCGAACACAUCACGUGACCAUGGCAAAUAAAAUUUGUUUUAGUCACAGAAUAUCCCAUCCCCCUGCACAUUUUGCUUGCAUAGAGUCACAAGUGCACACAAAUGCUCCAAGUGAAGCUGCAGUGAUUUCUUCAAAGAGUAUUUUUUUUAUCUAAAAAGAGACGUCAGAGAAGAAAUCUCAAAAUUCAGAUUUCUGAAUGAUGGUAUGAUUCACAAACUGUGCAUGCAUUAUCAAUUUAAGAUGCAGCUCUGUCCCCCGUGCUGAUUGCUCUGUCUCAUCUUAUAGGUGGUUUACUUCUCUGCUACAUAUCCUUACUUCAUGCUGUUCAUUCUCUUCAUCCGUGGGGUGACUCUGCCUGGAGCUAAAGAGGGAAUUAUGUUCUAUAUCACCCCUGACUUUGAAAAACUGAAAGAAUCAGAGGUAAUAAUAUAUAAUCAUCCGAAUCAAACCUGUGUGCUGCAUGCCUGAGUGAGCAGAGCGCGGCCUCACGCGGCUAAAAUGCUCGUGUGUUCCUUUGUCAGGUAUGGCUGGAUGCAGCUACACAGAUCUUUUUCUCCUAUGGAUUGGGAUUGGGGUCGCUUAUAGCCCUGGGCAGCUAUAACCCUUUCAAUAACAAUGUUUACAGGUAAGAUGUGUGAUGAUUCCUGAAUAGAGAUAAUCUUUUAGACAGAGUCUGGUUAGAUUUCACCAAACCAGAGCAAAAUGAAGAAGCUGGAGUUAUUAAAUUGCUGCUUUUUGCUGCACUAUAUGUCCCUUUUACAGACCUUAUUCAAGGGUACUCAAUAAGAGCCCUUCAAGGGCCUUAUUAAUGUGAAUUGCUGGCAUGAAUACAAUAACAAUCAAAGGAGAAGGUUGUUUCUUUCUGUCAGUGUGCGUGCUGGAGGGAAAAAAAAAACUCUGAUUGCAGAGCCUGAGUGUUUUCUCCAGCAGGCCCAUGGUUCUGGGUCACGUAAACAAUUGGUUACAUAAAAAUAGUUGCAUUCAUUUUGUGUCCUUGUUUCAAACGGAUCCAUCUUUCCGGGUCUAAAUCCUCCAAAAAAUGAUUCUUUUACAUGAGUUCAUGUCUGCUGCAAACUUAAAAACCGCCACUGAAGAGUUUGUGUUUGAUCAAAAAGGAUUUAAAAGGCGUGAUGCUUUCCUCAGCUACUCUCUGAGACGUUCCUCUCUCCUGUAUGUGUUGAAAACAUGAGUAAAAAAUGAGUGCAGUCAAAUGUUUGAAAACAGGCUUUUUUUAUGUUUCCUGUCGCCAGAGACUCUGUCAUUGUGUGUUGCAUCAACUCCUGUACCAGCAUGUUUGCUGGCUUCGUAAUCUUCUCCAUUGUCGGCUUCAUGGCUCACGUGACAAAGAAAGACAUCGCCGACGUAGCAGCUUCAGGUGAGAGAUUGAACCCGCGCUUUCUUCUGUCACACUCCUGUCUCCGCACAAAAAAGAAAUGCGCUCUGUCAUUGAUUCUUACAGCUACAAUGUGUGUUUUCAGAGUGCUUGGAGAAUAACCCUGGUGACAUAUGAUUUCCCUUUUCGCUAUCCAGGUCCUGGCUUAGCUUUUCUGGCCUACCCCGAGGCUGUAACCCAGUUGCCUGUGUCUCCUGUCUGGGCCAUUCUGUUCUUCUCCAUGCUGCUCAUGCUGGGGAUCGACAGCCAGGUAAGGGGCUUGGAGAUGAUCUGCUCAUGGCCUGACCUGAAUAUUUAAAAUACAAGCACAUAUCAUGCGGCUCGGCCCUGCUCCCUUCAUGAUAAGUGUGCAAUUUUCUUCUUGUGGGCAGAUAUAGCUGAGCUUUGACAUCAGCUGUCAGGUCUUCUUAAUGCAACUUUACCACCUCUGUGGGUCCACAGGUUUCACUGUCGGCGUUUCUUUCUUUCGUGUUUGAUAUUUGGGUUCAAACGAGGCCACAGAGACUUGAAAACUGUAUUUAUACAGCGAUGUACAAACUGCAUUUCAAAGUUAAAGACAUAAAUUACAACCCCGUUCUUGAUGUCACAGCAACUGAGCUUUUGCAUAACAGAGUCAUUACCAAAAUGGCCUUCAAGAAGUGGAUGCUUGGUCAUUCAGAAGAUUACGUUAGCGAUUUUGUCCCAUGGUUUGGUGCACACUGCAACUCUAUGUCAUAUCUCAUCAUCAGUUCGCCUAACUGCUAAAAUAAAACUUCUUUAGCGAAGAGUACAGUUUUCUAAAUAUUCGCAGGCCUCUACACGCUCAGUGUGCAGCAGAUGCAAAGAGUGUGUGUAUGCUUAACGUACCUUUGUGCGAUUCUGUCCCUCAGUUCUGCACCGUGGAAGGCUUCAUCACUGCUUUAGUGGAUGAGUUUCCCCGAGCUCUGAGGGGAAGACGAGAGCUCUUCAUCGCCGUAGUCUGCCUGGUGUCCUAUGUGAUCGGACUGUCAAACAUCACACAGGUACAGCAGGGCAGCUCUCUUAUGUAACCGCCGACUGUUAAAGGCAGCAGAUUAAUCAAAUGAGUUAUAGAGUUUGGAGAUGUAAUUAAAAGAUUAAAAGUAAAGAAAUUAAUGCAUCUGUGCAGCAGGCAAGAAGCAAUUUAAGUUCCUAAGUGUUUUUUAAUGAUAGAAUCAAAAGAAAAUAGGCCGUGCCUGCAAAAAUAGGUUGUUAAAAGCACGCACUUGUCUGUUUUUCUGUAACCAGGGUGGAAUCUAUGUGUUCAAACUGUUUGAUUACUACUCUGCGAGUGGGAUGUGUCUGCUGUUCCUGGUCUUCUUUGAGUGCAUCUCCAUAUCCUGGUGUUACGGUGUGUAUCGCAUCUGUGUUUCAUGCAGUAUUUCGGAUUUUCACAACCAUUUUAUUUGUUCUUUAAAACUAAACCAAACAUAAAUAAAGCGGUGAAAUGUUACGUAAAUGAGCCGCAGCGGUACAUAUGAAGGUUAGAACGCGCCACACCUCUCCGAACGGAUGUUUGCGCCAGACGCUACUCAGCCUCAAGGUCACGAGCGCUCAUGUGUUCCAUCUCGCCAUCCUCAUCAUUAUGCACGGCAGACUGGCAGCAAAUUGAAAUAAAUUGGAUAUGAAUAUUUUGAUCAUGGAUUCAUUUGUCUCGCAGGUGUGAACAAGUUCUACGACAACAUCAAAGAGAUGAUUGGCUACAAGCCGUGUAUAUGGUGGAAGUUGUGCUGGGUCGUGUUCACGCCUCUCAUCGUUGGUGUGAGUACUCUGAACUAAUACAAGCGUACAUCUAAAGUCACGACAUGAGGAAUGAGACAAUAAAUAAAGUCAAUAUUACCUGCCUGCAGCCAUGUCAGGCUCAGACAGAGCCGCCUGGAGUCAGCGGUGUCAGGAUGCAUAAAGCGUCUCUUGUCUCCCACAGGGGGUGUUCUUGUUCAGCGCCAUACAAAUGGUUCCUCUCAAGAUGGGAGACUAUGUGUUCCCAGGCUGGGGUCAGGGAGUAGGCUGGCUCAUGGCGCUGUCCUCAAUGGUUCUCAUACCAGGAUACAUGGUCUAUAUGUACCUGGGUCUCAAGGGAACCUAUAAGGAGGUGAGAAGAGAAUUGUUUGUUCGGUUUGUUUGGCUUUAAGCACUACUUUUGCCAGCUUGUUUUGAUCUCUACUGUGUUUGUGACUCUACACACUCCCUCUGUUAUGUAAUCCAUUUGUGUCAUGUCUGACCCACAGCGACUUCGGAUAAUGCUCCAGCCUCCUGCAGUCGUCAGGCGACCUCAGGAGAAUGGACCUGAGCAGCAGGCGGAAACCAACACCGCUAACCUUUCCAGUCCCGCCAAUCCAGCCAGUCCUGCUAACCCAGCUCCGGCGAACCCCGCCAGCCCAGCCAAUCCGGCUCCGGUCAACUCCACCAGUCCAGUGACCCCCGCCAACCCCGCUCCUCCCGCGCCGGCUAGCACAGCCACCGCCGCUAGCCCGGUGAACCCAGCGACUAGCCCCACCACCGCCGCAACCACCACCGUCACCACCACGGCCAGUCCAGCUAACCCAACUACCACUACAACUGUUAGCCCGACUAGCCCACCACCACCAAACCCAGCUGGUCCAACGGAGCCUGUUAACCCUCCAAAUCCCACAAGCCCGACCUCUAACCUGACCAAUGCUGAGGCCAACGUGUAG